AUGUCGGCCUCAAGUUCAUCCAAACCAAGCAAGCAGCGCAAGAAUGUCGAUUCUCUGGCAUCCUCAUCUUCUGCCCAAGGCUCGAGCAAGAAGGCUCAAAUGUACAACACGGUCAAUGUCGGUCUCACCGUAGGGGCGAGUAUCGCCGAGGUAUCAGAUAUACUGGCACCUCUUAAAGCAGCUUGUCUAACAACAAAAACGAUCCUCGAAGUCGCACAGGCAAACAGCAAUCAAGAAGAAUGGACAGACCUUGUUCAACGUCUCAAGCGUUAUAUGUCUGCACUCGAAGAACGAACCACAUUGUUUGAGACAUACCCCCAAGAAGAGAGGGUCGUCGACGAGGCAUUCCGCCGGCCACUCAUCCACUAUGUCGAGUUUCUCGAGACUAUGCAUGAUAUGGUCGUCGAUCUAAAGGAAAAACGCAGCCGCAAGAAACUUGGUCUCUUCAAAGCGUUUAGCAAAGUGAAAGCAGAUGCAGGGGAGAUUCUGAAAAUGAGCCAAGACAUUGAGGAUCAACAUAGGCAGUUCAUGGAGGCGUUGGGCGUUUUCACCGCACUACGCGUUCAAGUCGUAGACAAAACUACGAAAGCCACAGAAGUCAAGUUGGACGUCACCAAAUCAUGCGUGGAGACUACCAAGACUACCGCCGAUGCGACCAAAACUACCGUGGAUGCGACCAAGGCCACUGUCGACGCCACCAAAACAGACGUUGAAACACUUUUGACAGACGUGGACGCAAACGCAAUACUGCAGCUCCCGACAGUCGCAUUCGUCGCCUCUUCGGUCCACAAUCCGUGCCUACAAGGAACGCGCGAGGCGGUCCUCAACACAAUCUGGCAAUGGGCCGAUGGCGAUACAUCGGACAAGCCGAUAUUCUGGCUCUGCGAUAUAGCCGGCUCCGGCAAGUCGACUGUUGCAAUGACGGCUGUCGAAUCAUGGCGCAGUCAAGGAGUACUCGGCGGUCGAUUCUUCUUCUCCAUCUCAAGCAACGAAACAUCCAGUACCGACAGGCUCUGCUCGACCAUAGCACGAGACCUCGCGCAUCACAUACGCGAACUCGCGCCGCACGUCGCUGAGGCCGUGAAGCACAACCCCUCUUUCAUGCGAUGCUCUCUUGAGGAGCAGUUCGAGUUGCUCGUCAGUGGUCCCCUCCAUCAUCGGCAAGGGCGCAUGAUACUUGUCAUCGACGCUCUUGACGAAUGUAAGUCUCCAUCACAGAGAAAAGAACUCGUCGAAACCCUGUCCAAGAUCGUCCAAAAGAGUGAAAAGCUCAGGAUAUUCAUUACAAGUCGGCCAGAUCCCGUCAUACAAGCAGUCCUAGGGCCGCUCUCAAUCAAAUCCAAGUUGGAGGACCGCCUCCACGAUGUCAAGCAUCGCGACAAUAUCGAUGACGUCGCGAGCUAUGUACAUCAUUCACUACGUGAAAGACUGCCGGAGGACAAGAGACGGAAGCUUGUCCAAAAGGCCAACGGACUAUUUAUCUGGGCGAGUACUGCUUGUCGAAUGCUCAAUAACACGACAAGUAUGAGCUCGCCUGAGGACAUAUACGACAGUUUGAUGUCCAUGAACGAAGCCGGAGCCAUAGACGAAGUAUAUAGUCUCGUCUUCGAACGCACAGAUCCCCAAAACUAUACGGUGAUGUGCACGAUGCUCGCGGUGCUGCUUGCUGCAUUCGAACCUCUCACCACCGAUGACCUGAACGAUGUACUGAAGGAUUCCAAAAUACGUGGAAGUGCCGAAGGGUUGGUCCAGAACCUCGGAAGCGUACUCACCACAGAUCAGACGACAAAUCUCAUCCAAUUUCGUCACCCCACAUUCGUGGAGUACCUUCGGCGCUGUACUACUACCCAAGCCGCAUCUAGCAGGUAUAAACUAGAUCUCAACCUAGCCAAUGCACAUGGUCAAGCAGCAUAUUGGUGUCUCAAACGCCUCAAAUCACAGACGGAGGGUCUAAAGUUCAAUAUAUGUCAAAUCGAGACAUCUUUCUGUCUGAACAGACAAAUUCCGGAUCUUGAUACUCGAGUAUCAAAGUACAUUCCAAGGAGACUUCGAUAUGCAAGUUCUCAUUGGUUGUUCCAUGCUGCCGGCGCUGACGACAAUUGGUGGCCCACGCUCAAGAACGAGCUCCAAUAUGUCAUUCAAGUUCCAUACGCAUUUCAGUGGAUGGAGAUCCUCAGCGUGACUGGUGGAGUGCCACGAGCAAUCGCCGGUCUUCGGGCUAUUACACGGCACACAAGACUCAAAGGUCAGACUCGAGAGUGGCUAGAAGAGAUUCGAAGGUUCAUGACGACAUUUUCGGUGCCGAUACAGGACAGCGCACCGCACGUUUACGUUUCUGCGCUUCCAUUCACCCCCACAAAGUCAAUGCUGCAUACUCAUGGAAUGAAGGAGUAUACAGGCAUACUAAAUGUAACCAGAGGGCUCGAGGAAGCGUAUCCUGGACUCCCUAAUUUUCUUCGAGGCCAUGAAGGCGGCGUUUUGGCCGUCGGAUUCGCGCCAGAUGGCUCACGAAUCGUCUCUGGCUCCUCCGACAAGACGCUUCGACUGUGGGAUGUGGAAAGUGGACAGUCAGUUGGAGAGCCACUUCGAGGUCAUCAAGGCGUCGUUCGGGCCGUCGGAUUCUCGCCAGAUGGCUCACGAAUCGUCUCCGGCUCGGAGGGCAACACGCUUCGACUGUGGGAUGUGGACACUGGACAGCCAGUUGGAGAGCCACUUCAAGGUCAUGGAGGCUGCGUUUGUGCCGUCGGAUUCUCGCCAGAUGGCUCACGCAUCAUCUCUGGCUCCUCCGACAAGAUGCUUCGACUGUGGGAUGUAGAUACUGGACAGCCAAUUGGAGGGCCACUUCGCGGUCACCAAGGCAGGGUCAACGCUGUUGUAUUCUCGCCAGAUGGCUCACGAAUCAUCUCUGGCUCGGACGACAAGACACUUCAACUGUGGGAUGUGGACACUGGACAGCCAGUUGGAGAGCCACUUCGCGGUCAUCAAGGCCCUGUUUUCGCCGUCGGAUUCUCGCCAGAUGGCUCACGAAUUGUCUCUGGCUCGGAGGACAACACGCUUCGACUGUGGGAUGUGGACACUGGACAGCCAGUUGGAGAGCCAUUUCGUGGUCAUGGAAACUGGGUUCGUGCCGUCGGAUUCUCGCCAGAUGGCUCACGAAUCAUCUCCGGCUCCUCCGACAAGACGCUUCGACUGUGGGAUGUGGACACUGGACAGCCAAUUGGAGAGCCACUUCGAGGUCACCAAGGCGGGGUCAAUGCUGCCAGAUUCUCGCCAGAUGGCUCACGAGUCGUCUCUGGCUCCUACGACAACACGCUUCGACUUUGGGAUGUGGACACUGGAAAGCCAGUUGGAGAGCCACCUCGAGGUCACCAAGGCAGGGUUUGGGCCGUCGCAUUCUCACCAGAUGGCUCACGAAUCGUUUCUGGCUCCUCUGACAAGACGCUUCGACUAUGGGAUGUGGACACUGGACAGCCAGUUGGAGAGCCACUUCAAGGUCAUGAAGACUAUAUUCGUGCCGUCGGAUUCUUGCCAGAUGGCUCACGAAUCGUCUCUGGCUCGGACGACAAGACGCUUCGAAUCUGGGAUCUGAACACUGGACAGGCAGUUGGCGAGCCACUUCGAGGUCAUGAAGACUGGGUUCGUGCCGUCGGAUUUUCACCAGAUGGCUCACGAAUCGUCUCUGGCUCGGAUGACAAUAUGCUUCGACUGUGGGAUGUGGACACUGGACAGCCCGUUGGAGAGCCACUUCGAGGUCAUCAAGGCACCGUUUGGGCCGUCGGAUUCUCGCCAGAUGGUUCUCGAAUUGUUUCUGGCUCCUCCGACAACAUGCUUCGACUGUGGGAUGUGGACACUGGACAGCCCGUGGGAGAGCCACUUCGAGGUCAUCAAGACACCGUUUGGACCGUCGGAUUCUCACCAGAUGGCUCACAAAUUGUCUCUGGCUCGUCCGACAAGACGCUUCGACUGUGGGAUGUAGACACUGGACAGCCAGUUGGAGAGCCGCUUCGAGGUCAUCAAGGCAUCGUUUGGGCCGUCGCAUUCUCGCCAGAUGGCUCACGAAUCGUCUCUGGCUCCUCCGACAAGACGCUUCUACUGUGGGAUGUGGACACUGGACAGCCAGUUGGAGAGCCACUUCGAGGUCAUGAAGACUGGGUUCGUGCCGUCGGAUUCUCACCAGAUGGCUCACAAAUUGUCUCUGGCUCGGACGACAAGACACUUCGACUGUGGGAUGUGGAGACUGAACAGCCAGUUGGAGGGCCAUUUCGUGGUCAUGGAGGCCGGGUUCGUGCCGUCGGAUUCUCGCCGGAUGGCUUAGGAGCUUUCUCUGGCUCGGAAGAUCCAACAAUUCGACGGUGGGAUGCAGAGAAAGGUGCCUAUUCUCUCAAAUUUCUUGUUUUUUGA